AUGAAGAUCGAUGGUGUUUUAGAAAAGCUUGUUUUCCCCGACGAUAAUGCUGUUUCAAAGCUUGUUGGCGGGGGAUUGGAUGUACUUGAUCUCCAACCGGAUGAAUUUGUUAAGGCAUACUCCAAGGGAGGUGAACCGGGGGUUGUUUUGGUUGGACUCAAGACCAGCUCAAACAAGUUCCAAAAGUGUUUUGAGCUUGAAAAUGGAGCAUGGGUAAGUUCCUGCAGCUUUGAUGGUAGCCUCAAAAAGUUGAAGGAAGCUGCAAAGGAGCAACUUUCAUUCGCUAUCCAGUUGGAGGAUAAGCAGGGCAAUGCCAACUGCUCUGUAACUGAGGUCAUGAUUGCCAACCUUCAAACUCGUUUCUUUUCCCCUCAGUGUGGAUUCUAUGCUACUGAAGUUAAGGAUGGUGAGAAUUCUGUUUGGAAGGCUGAAGCUGGUCAAAAGUGUGGAUUCGUCCAUUUGUUUUCAAGGGGUGACAGCACCCUACUCACAAUGGGUAUAUUAGGUUCUAGCAACGCUGAGCAUCAUUGCUAUGAAAAGGUUGGUGGAGAAUGGAAGGAGAUUGGCUUGAAUGAAUUUCGCCAGAGAUCAUUGGAAAUGGACAGAGCUGUUCAGUAAAUGUAAUGUAAUUGUUUAAAAAUGUGGACGGGGACAAAGUUCUCCCGAAGGCUGUAAAAUAUUUUAAGUGAACAUGUAGGAUCAAUUUUAUUUCCAAAGUUGGAAAACAAGUUUGCAGUUUUGGAGUUCUUUUCCCAUUUUAAUACAGGAUUUACACUCGCUACAUGUUCCGUGGUGAGAUCAUUAUUUGCUCCGUUACUCUGCCUUGCAGGCGCUAGGAAUAUAAGGAGUUUCUACAGGUUCUCUAGUACUCGUCAGGCUCAUGCAUUAACCUCGUGGGUUGUUAUGAAUCAUCGUGCCUAAAGGGUCUGUUGAUGUCACAUUAAUGCCUUAGGGUUUUGCCGCUUGGAGGGUGUCUUUAAAUACGUUUUUCGAGAAUGUGGACAAGAAUCUCGCAGAAUCUAGCAGUCUUCCCAUGUUAGACUUAGGG